AAAAAAAAACAAAAAACUUGGGGCUACUUUGUAGGAGUCGUCAUGGCAACUUGAACUGCAGUUGGUCAUGUGAUCUGAUCCCUGACAUGUUAACCUGUUGCUGUGAAGUGACUGUUUGUGUGUGUGUGUGUGUCUCUUUUUUGUACCCCGUGGCCAACCUCUUCACCUUCUCGUCCUGCGUGGCGCUGGCCGACCUGAGCGGAGACGGCGAGCGGCGCCUGGUGGCGGGCGACCUGGGCCCCCCCGGCGGCCUGGGCCCCCCCCCCAUGAAGCUGAAGGUGUACCGCGGCACGGCGCUGAUGAGCGAGAGCGCCCUAUUGGACCUUUCCUCCGGGCUCGCCGCCUUCUUCAUGGACCUGCACGAGCCACGCGUCCCGGCCGUGGCCUCCGGGCCCUGCAUCUACGUCUACAAGAACCUGAGGCCCUACUUCAAGUUCACGCUGCCGGGCCUCAAGGUCAACGCACUGGAGCAGCUUCUCUUCAGAUCAGUUCAGAAGUGAUGCUCUCUGGUGACAGCGGUGAUGUCAUUCUCAUAUUCAUCAUCCAAUCC